UAUAACCUGCUAUCUAGAUUGUUUGAUUUUUAUAGGUUUUGCAUAAGUUUUCAGUUGUCUUAAAAAUAUUUGUGAUAAUUUAGUCGAUGUUGUUUUCCAUCGAUAUGAAUUAAUAAUUUAAGCAAAAUUGUACUCAUCUGCAACUUUCGCCAGUUAGUAUACACAAUAUUGCACUCAGGUUUCAGAAAUGUUUUCUAAUGGCCUGACAUGUAAUCUUCCGUUCAGUUGCAUGAGUGUUACAAGAGAUUCAGGCUCCGAUGAACUACUUCCUAAUAAAAUGGCUCGUGAACCUGUACUGUUAAAUGUCUAUGAUAUGUAUAAAAUUAAUGAGUAUACAUCUAAUAUUGGGUUAGGUGUAUUUCACUCAGGGGUUGAAGUAUAUGGAACAGAAUAUGCAUAUGGUGGACACCAGUAUCCGUUUACUGGUAUUUUUGACAUUAAUCCAAGAGAUGAAAAAGAUUUGGGAGAGCAGUUUCGUUUUAGGCAAACCAUCCACAUAGGCUAUACCGAUUUUACAGAAGACGAAAUCAAAAGACUAAAAAAUGAACUUGGAAAAGAAUUUCGUGGCGAUCGUUAUCACCUUAUGAAUAACAAUUGUAAUCAUUUUUCUGGAGCUUUUACCAAGAUCCUAUGUGGUCAAGAUAUUCCACCAUGGGUAAAUCGAUUAGCGUACUUUAGUAGUUGGGUACCAUUUCUGGAACGUUGUUUGCCAAAAGAAUGGUUGAUGCCAAUGGCGUUGCAACACUCUCUAAGUCACAGACAAGAUUCAACUUGUUCAGAAUCAUCAACUUCACCAUAUUAACCCUUGCCAAAAAAUCGAUAGGAACAUGAAUUAAAUACGGAUUGGUAUACUUAUUAUAUAACACAAAGUAAUAUUUUAUUUUUAUAUUGAUUUAAUGGUGACUAUUGACAACGUUA